AUGAAGGGAAACAACAUAAGGAGGUUUAUGGAACAUCAUUUUUCGAACUGGGAUUUUCACACUAGUUCAGUUAUAGAAGGCCGACUGUUGAUAGUUUGGAUAAAGUUAUUUGCUAAAGUCAAUAUUAUUGAGGAAUCUAAUCAAUUUGUUCAUUGUUUGGUGAAGUUGGCUGGUAUGCAGCAAUAUUUUGGUGUCAUUUUUGUUUAUGGUCUUAAUUCGAUUGAAGGUAGGAGAACUCUCUGGGAAGGGUUGCAAAGGCCUGCUCUUAUGGACAAAUCAUGGUUAGUUUUAGGGGACUUUAAUGCCCCUUUUUCAAGUAAAGACAAAUCAGGUGGUAAGCCAAUUUUCGAUUUAGAAAUGGUUGAUUCUGUUCAGUGGCUUGCGGAUGCUCAUGUUGAGCCUCUAAGAAGUGUAGGUUCGUAUUUUACUUGGACUAAUAACCAAAAUGGUGCAGCUAGAAUAUACUCAAAAAUAGACCAUGCUCUUAUGAAUGAGAAAUGGAUUGAUUUGUUUCCUCAGUCCACUCCAGUGUUUAGAUGGGAAACUAUAUCAGACCACUGUUCCUGUAUAGUUAAAAUUCAGCCAUUAGAGAAGAUGGGGUUAAAGCUAUUUCGGUUCUAUAACUAUUGGACAAAGCACCAUGAUUUCCAUGACCUGGUUUUAUAUAGCUGGAGGUCUCCGAUUAGAGCCACAGGUAUCAAAGCAAUUUUUCUUAAGUUGCUGAGACUUAAACACUGUUUGAAAGUUUUUAACAGGGACAGAAUUGGUGAUCUGAAGGCUAACUAUUAUAAGGCUAAAGAGACCUACCAAGAAGCUCAAAUGCAAGCUCAAGCUUAUCCUCAUAUAUUUAGUUAUCAGGAAGAUGUGAGAAUAGCAGCUGAAGAUUUUUCGCAUAAAGCUGAAAAUGGUAUUGUCUCUUUUAUCACAGAAGACGGAAAAUUAGUGGAUAACUUCUCAGAAGUUGUUUCUCAUUUUCAAUUGAAGCUUCUUAAACCUUUUUUGAAGAAGGAGAUUCGGGAUUCAUUGUUUGGCAUUCCUAUUACCAAAUCUCCAGGACCUGAUGGAUUUGGUUCAGACUUUUUUAAAGCUAUUUGGCAAGAUAUAGGGGAUGAGGUCUGUACAACAAUAACUCAGUGUUUUGAAACAGGUUAUUUCCCAUCUGAGCUUCAUGAAACAGCAUUAUCUCUUAUUCCUAAGGUAGCUAACCCCUCCCGGGCUGUUGACUAUAGACCCAUAGCUUGCUGCUCUACAUUGUACAAGUGUAUGGCUAAAUUGAUUUGUAAGAGACUGGCAUUAGUUCUCCCUGAUCUUGUACAGCCAAAUCAGAGAGCGUUUGUUAAAGGUCGUUCUAUAGCCCAUAAUAUAAUGAUAUUUCAAGAUCUCAUCAAAAACUAUGGGAGGACUUCUACUUCAUCUAGAUGCGCUAUCAAGAUUGAUCUAAGUAAGGCCUAUGACACUGUAGACUGGGAAUUUCUUGAGGACUUGUUAAAAGCUCUAAUAUUUCCUAUGAAAUUCAUAGGAUGGGUUAUGACUUGUGUUCGGAAUACAUCCUAUUCUCUUCUGAUGAAUGGCAGAGUUCAAGGAAAAUUUAAAGGAGAAAAAGGGCUGAGACAAGCUGUAAAAAGUGUCAAGGAGGUUCUUGAUGAAUUUGCUGCUGCUACAGGGCUUUCAAUCAACUAUGGUAAGUCUCAUAUUUUCUUUGGUGGAGUCACUAGCAAUGACAGAGCUCGGAUUGCCCAAGAAGUUAAGCUGGCUGAAGGUACUUUUCCUCUUAAGUACCUUGGGGUUCCCAUAAGGCCUACCAAAUGGAGACAUGAAGAUUGUGAGGUAAUUCUUCAGAAAUUUCGUUUAAAAAUUCAGAACUAG